AUGUUGAUCGAGAAGCAUCAUAGAGUCAUUACAUUUUCUGGAAAUCUCGAUAAAUUUUUCUCUUUCAUGACUUUCUUACAAUUUUCUUGCAAUACCGUAGUUAUCUGCUCUCUAGGACUUUUCAUUAUAACAUCCGUUCAUAACGGAGUUGGUGUUAGCCUAGUAGGUACCGCAUUUGCUUACAGUGGAAUAUUAGUGGAAAUAUUUAUCUUUUGUUUUGCUGGAGAAUAUCUCGGUCUUAAGAGUAAAUUAAUUGCCGAUGCAGUAUACGGUUCUUUAUGGUACAACAUGCCGCCCAGUCAAUGUAAAAGUUUGUUAUUUGUAAUUAUGACAUCUCAAAAACCACUUAAUAUCACGGCUGGAGGAAUUGUAAAUUUAUCAUUAGAAACUUUCACAAGUAUCAUGAAAGCGUCGGCGUCAUAUAUUUCUGUCCUAAAUGCGAUGUACUGA